CAAAAUUGCUUUUUUUUCCCCCCCAAAUGUAGAACUCAGUACAUUUACCCCUGCCUUUAUCCCCAAGAGACUGUUGCAACAUGCUCUCCACAAGGCUGUAUCUCAAAACCAUUUGCAAAGUUAGUAGAGAAGUGGAGUAUCAUUAAAAUGCUGCUUCCUCUCAUACAAUGUCCAUCACUAUCAUAUCCAAAUGGCUGUGCCUACCAGACUGUAUGGUCUUCUGAUUAAUUCAUGAAUUAAAUUGAAAGUAUUAGACUUGACCGAAACAACUCAAGUGGUUUGGGAACUGUUUACACAAGAGACCACUCCCUUUGCUAUAUCACAGCAGCUGCAAUCAGCGGUGGUCUUCGAACUAACAAUUCCACUUAAAAGAGAAAGGCCUGGUUGUAGGGGGGAGGAUAUCUGUGUGGAGUCCUAGCCCUGAACACAUUGCCUUGAGCUCUGUCCUACUGAUUUUGCUGAACUCCAGAGCACGGUCCCCAGAGAAAGGGGGAAAUGAUGAAGGCUUGGUGUUUUAUCCUCUUGCUAAGUUGGUUCACCCUGCAGCUUGAUGCUAACCCUGGGCUCAAAGUGAGGCUAACACAAAAAGGGCUGGACUUUGGCAAGGAGAUUGGGAUGGAGAUCCUGAAAGAAAGGAUAAAAGAGGAAAGCUUCCCAGAUUGGAACGACUCUGAGAAAUUUGGGCUUAGUGAGAUCAACUACCAUCUUUCAGGGAUAAGAAUUGACACCAUUGAAUUCCCCAAUACUGCUAUAUCCCUCAUCCCUGGGACUGGAAUAAAACUAACCAUUGAAAAUGCUUAUGUAAUCAUCAAGGCCAACUGGAACAUAAGGAGCUGGAUGUUCAAAGGCAGUGGAAGAACUACAGUGGCCAUCUCAGGAAUGUCUAUUACAGCAAUACUUGUAAUGUCAAUGGAUAGCACAGGUCAUCCAUCAAUAUCACUUGACAGUUGUCAGAUGAUUGUUAGUGGUGUUGAAGUUAAGUUGCAUGGGAAAAACAGCUGGUUCUAUAAUAUGUUUACUAAAUUCCUCGAGAAGUCCAUCCGCAGGAUCUUGCAUAGUAAUUCAUGUCCAAACCUCAGGCAGGAGAUUGAAAUAAUCGAUACGGAGCUCCGAAUACUGCAGAUCCUAAUGCAGAUUGAUGACUUUGCCCAAAUAGACUACUCCCUAGUGACAUCUCCAGCAGUCUUCCAAUCAUACAUUGAUCUUGACUUACAGGGCACAACCUAUCCAGUUGGAAACUAUCCUGCCCACCCCUAUGUGCCUGUUCCCUUUGCUCUCCAAGACAGCAGUAACUCCAUGCUCUACCUUGCAGUAUCAGAGUAUUCCUUUCAGACCACUGCAUUUGCAUAUUACACAACUGGGGCUUUUGACAUCAUCAUCACGGAUGAGGUUUGCAGUUAUUUUAAUAUAACUACAGAGACAUUUGGCAGUAUCAUUCCUGAGGUUGCCCAGUAUUACGCAGAAUCACAGCCAGUGAUGUUGAACCUAACGGCUACCAAAACACCUGUGAUCAGUUUACAGACAGAUGCCUUUACUAUUGAGAUCCAUGGCUCCAUGGAGGUUCUGGCUGUCCUGCCAGAUGCAACCACCCAGUCCCUGUUUACAGUGAACAUAACAACCAAUAGCAGCAUCAGUCUGACUUUAUUUGAUCAGAAGCUAAUCGGCUCAUUAUGUCUGAACAGGUUCCAUCUCUCUCUGGCUGAUUCCAAUCUUGGCUUCUUUGAAAUCUCACUUUUGGAGAAUUUCUUCUCUUACAUUUUACACACUGAAAUAAUCCCAUCAGCCAAUGCUAAACUAACAAAAGGAUUCCCUCUUCCAAACUUGGCCAAUCUUUCCUUGAAGAAACCUCUUAUUAAAGUUGAGCAGGGCUAUCUGUGGAUUUCCACAGAUGUAAACUAUGAACAGUAGGAAGGAGAAACCAUCAGGAUGGUCAGGACCCUCACAACUGAUUAUAACUCUGAAGCCUGACCACGGCCCCUUUAUUCUGAAAUGAAAGAUGUCUUUUUGUUUUUACUCUGAUUUGAGAGAGAAGCCCAGAGAAAAUACGGAAAUGAGUGCUGCAAUGUUCAGAACAUGUAAUGAUUGUAACAAGCAGGGAACCAUGGAAAAGGAUAUUGUAGCAUCUGUGUCUAUGGUUAAGUGGGGGAAGCACUUUUAUCCUGGACUUUGUACCUGCUGCAAAAAUAACUGUUUUAAAAGGUUAAAAUCUCUCUGUAAUCGAAGUCUUAUUAUGUAUUUUAUGGAAGCUUCAAUAUUCUUUAGAGAGAAAAAAAUGUAUGCCAACAAGUUACAAAUGCAGCUACUGAGCCACAUUUAAUGGUCUGUUCCUGGUAUAAACUUAUUCUACUUUCAACUGAA